AUGAGCUCUUCGAAGCGUCCUUUGUCUUCUCCCACUUUCCAGUCCUCCAAAAGACAACAUGUACACCGAGAGGCUAACGGCGAGUUGCCGGAGCAAAUUCACGAUCAACCACCUGAGAAAAUCAUUUCGGCAGGCGGAAACAAGGCUCCCGCUACUUCAGCAAGCCUCACAACGGAGUUUGACUACAUAUUGCGUUAUCACAGCUCUCUCGCAGCUCCCAUCGUCGGCCUUCUUGACUUGUAUCUCUGCUUGUGGAAAUGCUACGUUGUCGAUUCUGCAUUGAAGAUACGACUUGAGAAAGAGCAACGUCUUCUCCAGAGGUCAAUUGAGUGGCUGACCACCGAAUGUGAUGUACUGCGCCAGUGCUGCAACGAUCAGGCUCUGGAGCUGUUUGGCCGCAGGCAAGCUGUGGCAGCCUUAAAUGAUGGGAUUGUCGAGGUUUUGAAGGCGAGCGAGAAACGUGCCUUCAGUGUGAUUGAGUUGAAAUAG